AUGCAUAGAUUGGUAUACACUUUAUUACCGUUGCUGGUACAUACAAAUCCAAUAUUAUCUCAAGCUCUGCCGUUGCAACUAAUUGCAAAUAAUAAAGAUGAUGCUGGGGAUUUAAUCGAAGAAUCUUCAAAAUUAUACUAUUUAAUCACUUCAAUCUCAUUAGUUUUACUAGGUGGUGUUUUUGCAGGCUUAACUUUAGGUCUUAUGGGACAAGAUGAAAUUUAUUUAAAAGUUAUUUCAUCUUCUGGAUCACCACAGGAACAAGUCUUAGCCAAAACAGUUUUGAAUUUAUUGUCAAGGGGGAAACACCAAAUUUUAGUUACUUUGCUAUUGUCCAACGUCAUCACUAAUGAAACUUUACCUAUUGUAUUGGAUAGAUUGAUUGGUGAAGGUGGUGGUUGGAAAGCAAUUUUAUUUUCAACUAUUCUGAUUGUUAUAUUCGGUGAAAUUAUACCACAGAGUAUAUGUGUGAAGUAUGGUUUACAAAUUGGAUCGUGGUUAUCUCCAUUUGUGACUGUUCUGAUGUAUAUACUAUGGCCAAUUGCCUGGCCUAUAGCCAAGUUGUUAGACCAUGUCCUUGGUGAGAACCAUGGUACGAUGUACAAGAAAUCUGGAUUGAAAACUUUGGUUAAUUUACAUCAAACCAAUGGUAUCGAGAGAUUAACACAAGAUGAAGUCACCAUUAUUACAGCUGUUUUAGAUUUAAAAGAUAAAUUUGUCAUGGAGAUUAUGACUCCGAUCAACAAGGUAUUCACAUUAUCAUCAGAUACCGUUCUAGAUCAAUCAAAUGUGGAUAAUAUUUACAAAAGUGGCUAUUCUAGAAUCCCCAUCCAUUUACCUAACGAUCCCACAAACUUUGUAGGGAUGUUGCUAGUGAAAAUUUUAAUUUCUUAUGACCCUGAAGAUUCCUGGAAAGUUUCACAAUUCCCUCUAGCGACAUUGCCUGAGACGUUACCCACGACAUCAUCAUUAAACAUUUUAAAUUAUUUCCAACAGGGCAAAUCACAUAUGUGCAUAGUUUCGGAAAGCCCAGGGGAACCAUUAGGGGCACUUGGUAUUGUGACACUGGAAGAUGUGAUUGAAGAAUUAAUCGGUGAGGAAAUCAUUGAUGAAUCGGAUGUAAUCGCUGACGAAGAUCACACAUGCGAUGUCCACACCCCACUGCUGAAGAGAAACCUUCCAAUCGCAAGUGAAAACAACACCACCACCACCACCCAUAGAUCAAGUCUUACCGCACCAUCAUCGUUAUCAAAAAUCCCAUCAAACCUAGCAUCGAACCCAUUAGAUGUUGAAAACUCGUUUGUCAAAAUCAAAAGAAACUACCCCAUCAAAAGCAGUACCAACAGUAGUAGCAACCACAACCUAUCGAAUUAUAACUCUCAUUCAAGUUUGACAACUAAUGGAUCAAAUAAAAACAUGGACAUAGAUAGACCGUCAAUACCAAUGGCAAUGAAAAAAAAUAAACAGAAUGAAAACACGGUGGAAAACAAUAACGGUAUAGUGGAAUCAGUAAUAACAAUCAAAGGUGUCCCCAAAACAAUUAUCCAAUCUACAGAUUUUAAAUUUUCAAAACAAAAUAGUUCAACAGAUUCAAACAUUGAUCAUUCUCAAUCUGAUGAAAGCAACUAUAGAGAAAGAAGAUAG